AUGCCAGUAAGUCAGGAGUGCGGAGAUGAAGACUACGGCAUCUAUCUGUGCAAAGGUUCACCAUUUGCAGGCACUCCGGCGUCGAGUACAAGUGGACCCAAUUCACCUACUUCAGCGCUCAGGCUUUUCAAUGUGGAACUAUGUAACCUCACUGCAAGCCCGAAGCAAGCAUCAGUGUCUCCCACAGGUUUCAAGGCUCAGAAAAGCAAACCUGAUAAAAGGUACCUAGGCGUCAGAGUGCGAAUGCCAGUACGAGACUUGCUGAGGAAUAUUCGUAUAGCCAAAGGCAUGGACCCCAAAGAGCUGCAGGUGGGUUGUAAAUCCUCAGGAGGCAAUAAAAAAAGAGUCAAUACAAGUGGUGAUCGGAGGAAGAGGCUGAAGAAGUUGCCGAUGAAGAGUUUGGAAGAGCUGUCCAUUAUAGUGGAGGUGCUGGAAGAGGAUCUUAAAACCAGGACGUCCUCUCGAUGUCCAAGCAGCCGCUCAUUGUGUGAUCUCUGUCAAGAUCAGGGAGACAAGUACUGGUGUGAAGAUGCAUGCACGCUUGCAGAUGCGUUUCCCCCAACUCCAGGUGACUGUGCAGUCACUGAAGAACUCCCCAUGCAUUCUGCAGAACCCCAUGAUCCCUACCCAUCCUCUUACAGAGAGGUCACUGCUCCCUUCUCUGGUCCUCAGUGGCGAUGCAGUAGCUGUGAGUUAGCUUACUGUAUUCACAGGGCUGAAUCUGGAAUCAUCUACUCACCUACCAAAAGUGAGUACCAGGUGCCUUCUCCCCAAGAAACAAGCUAUUUGAAACCCAAGAUGGACAACUUGUGGCCUUCUUCGGAGAGUCCAUCUUAUCAGUGCUCGGUACAGGAGGAGUGGAACAACAUGACAUUCUUUUGCACCCAAAUGGAACGAGACGAGAAGAUACUGAAGAACAUCUCUGACCAAGAGCUUUUUCUGUCAGAUGAGCAUGGCAGAACACUUCUGCACAGAGCUGUUGAUGAGGGCAAACGAGCUCUAGUGUAUGUAAUCGCCAAAAGGAUGGCACACCUAAAAAAACUGGACAUCAAAGACACCGAAGGAAAGACCCCUCUCCACCUCGCUGCUCAGAGGAAUCAGCACCAUGUGGUGGCAGAUCUACUCUCCCUUGGUGCAAACAUCAAUGAAAGGGACCAAAAUGGAAAGACCUGCGUCCACCUCAGCGCCGAGUACGGCUAUGUCAGGGUCCUGGAGGUGAUGAAAAGCUAUAUGAUAAAUGGAACAUAUAUAGAUUUGGAGGCCAGAGAUGUAAAUGGCCUCACAUCUCUGCAGCAGGCGUCAGUAGCUCUGAAGAGCACACUCCGGGAGCUGGAAAAAAGCACCACUGCUAGCCAGGCCCGGCUGAAUUCCUUACGCAAGGACCAGAUGAUGGAAACCUUGGAGUGCCUCCUCCAGAUGGAAUGCAACCCACACCUGGUCAUUUAGAAGUAGUUUGUCCAGUCACACAAC